AUGGCAUCCCAAGAUCAGAUAGUUCUAGCAUUCGACGCAUAUGGCACUCUCCUUUCCACCGAAUCCAUCUCCAAACAACUAGCCAAACACUUUGGAGAAGAGGCAGCUGCCAGCAUCGCAGCGCAGUGGCGAAGGUACCAGUUGGAGUAUACCUGGCGGUUGACCUGCAUGAAACUCUACACCCCCUUCUCAACCGUCACCCGCCGCGCUCUCUCCCACGCCCUCUCCGAAUCCGGCCACUCCCUCUCCCAACCCCAAAUCGACUCCCUAAUGACCUCAUACAACACCCUCUCUCUCUUCCCGGACGCGGGACCCUUAUUCCCCGCCCUCAAAGCCUUCGCAAACUCCUUCUACCCGGUCAUCUUCUCGAACGGCACCAAGGACAUGCUGAACGCGAUGUGCUCCGACUCCGAGGAAUUUGCUCCCCAUGUGCCUCUUUUCAGGGACGUGGUUGUCGUCGAGGAGGUAGGGAUGUUUAAGCCUGCUCCGGAAGUGUACCGCCAUCUCUGCGAGAAGAUAGGUAAGGGGAAGGUGGAACAAAGGGGAAAUGUCUGGCUGAUUAGUGGCAACCCCUUCGAUGUCACGGGCGCGAAAGCGUUUGGCAUGCGGGUUUGUUGGGUGGAUAGGAGUGGGAAAGGGUGGGUGGAUGCUUGUAUGGGGUGGGGGGACGAGGGCAUCACGCCGGAUGUUGUGGUGAAGGGGCUGGGGGAUGUGGUGGAGAAGAUUUGUGCGUUCGUCAAAGGGGAGAGCUAG